UGGUCCAAUCCUCAACGAGAGACCGCCAAUAGGAUCCGGAUCGUGGCGCACUUGGAUCGCCCAGAGAACGAGAGGAGACCCAGCCAGAAAAGGAAGUGUAAAUCUCAAGCAAGAUCCGAUAACCCGAACACCGCUCCCCUCUGCAACGGUCGGAGCAUCUUUCUCUCUCUCUCUCUCUCUCAUCAUCAUCAUCAUCAUCAUCACUCAUCAUUCAUCAUCACAUUGCUUCUUUCUCUUUUUUCAACCCGGGCCUGGAGAAAAGCUUGGGCUCUUUUCCCGACUUCUUCAUUGAUAGGAUCGCAAAACAAAGAAGAGGAGCUGAUGAGUGAAGAUACGGUGGCGGAUUGAAAAUUUGAAAUCCGAGCUGCCUGAUGCUUUUUCGGCUUGUUUUCUUUUAGAGCUUUGGCGAAAUAAUGGCGGAUGAUCUCUGUCUCUUUGUCAAGGAUACCCUGAUCCUAAAGGCUCCAAAGAAAUCCACGGUUGUCUUGAGAAUGAUUGUCUUGACAUUUGCAAUGCUCUGUGGUCUAUAUAUCUGCUCAAUAUGUCUAAAGCAAAUCAACACCCACACAAACGUUGGAAUGUUAAAUGUUGAAGUGGUGCAAAGGGCAUGCGAGCCACCUGAUUUGGAACCAUCGGAAAAAAUUCUUGUGCACUAUCCACAACCUAAAACUUUUAGCAGGGCGGAGUGUGCAUGCAAUCCUGUGAGAUAUUUUGCCAUACUGUCUACACAGAGGUCCGGGAGUGGAUGGUUUGAGACAUUGUUAAAUAGUCAUACUAACAUAACCUCCAAUGGUGAAAUUUUCUCUGUAAAAGUCCGAAGGAGUAAUAUCUCAACGAUAGUGGAAACUUUGGAUAAGAUCUACAAUCUGGACUGGCUAACUAGUGCUUCAAAGAAUGAAUGUACAGCUGCAGUUGGCUUGAAGUGGAUGCUUAAUCAGGGGUUAAUGCAGCAUCAUGAACAAAUCAUUGAGUAUUUCAAUACCAAGGGUGUUUCAGCCAUUUUUCUCUUCAGAAGAAAUCUUCUUCGCAGGAUGAUUUCAAUACUAGCGAACUCUUAUGACCAGAAUGCUAAACCAUUGAAUGGAACACACAAAUCUCAUGUUCAUUCACCCCAUGAGGCAGAAAUACUUGCAAGAUACAAACCUACAAUCAAUACAACUCUACUGAUCCCCAAUCUGAGGCAAGUACAGGAGAUGACUGCCAAAGCUUUAGAAUACUUCAAGAGCACUCGACACAUUAUCCUCUACUACGAAGACAUAAUUAAAAAUCGCUCAAAAUUGCAAGACGUUCAAGACUUCCUGAAGGUGCCACAGAUGGAUCUGAAGAGUCGUCAGGUGAAGAUUCACAGAGGUUCCUUGUCGGAACAGGUUGACAAUUGGGAUGACAUCCAGAAGACACUCAACGGGACACCAUACGAGAGCUUCCUGCAUUCAGAUUACAACAUCUAGGCUACUCACCUACUAGUGUAAAUAGCUUAGUGUUAACUUAAUUCUUUAUUUUUUUAGGAAUAGGAGCCAAUAGUUCACCAACCUUGCUGAAAUUUUGGCUUGGCCAGGCCAGGAAUACUACCCCUUGACCAUUGCUUCGAAGGUGUGUUUGCUCCUCCCCAUCUCUCUGUCAUUUGCUUCAUAAAUUUUGUUGCAGUUUUGUACGAGAUAGAUUUUGAUAUAGUUGAGCACUUGAGCUGAUCUGAUUAAAAAGAGAAACUCACUUCCCCUUGCAAUUCUUGUGUCCCUAUUGUUUUGGUCAAUUAUCUCUUGUUUUAUCCAAAAUUUAUCAGAACAAACACUGAAGAUAAAGAAAUUGGGAACAGUUGUAGUUUUCGGCAAUAUAUUCAUUGUAAACUUGUUAUUUAUAACAGCAGAGCCUGCUUGCCUGAAUUUCAGAGAGAGAGAGAGAGAGAGAGAGUUAAACCAUGUAUUGAAGACUUGUUAUUUUUUAUUCAUAUUAUUGUCAGGGGUGGCGGAUCCAGAAAUUUAUGUAUAGGGAGGCUAAUUUUUUUUUUUUUGAGAUGUAAAAUUAUACACCACAUAUUUUGGGGUGAGUUGUAAUUUUUUUGGGACUAAUUUAUUAAUAAACAUUAUUUUUUUAUAUUAAAAAAUUAAAUUUUUAUUAUAAAAAACUAAUUUUAAUUGUGAGGCUCUCAUAUUUAAAUCUGCCCUGAUUGUUCCUAUGUUUUUG